CCUGAAUUUAUUGUGAAGUAACUACCGGGUCCGUGGAGUUCCAUGGGGUAGCUUUGGGGAUAAAUAGAUCGGCCAGCUACAUUCAAACUAUACCUUCUCAAUCAUUUUCUACUUUUUCACAUUGCCUCAGUUGCUUCAAUCGCAGUCCCAAUCUUCGAGAUGGCUGAACAAAAGGCCGAAGACAAUCAAAUCGAAACAACGCGGGUCCUCCACGAACAGGAGAUUGGUCACGAAACCGACGUCGUCCUGCUUGAUGCCGGCGCUGCACACUUGGAGAAAGGACAAUACAGCAAUCUUAAGCUUGCAAAAGAUGGACACACCGUUCUAAUUCCUCAACCGUCGGCAGACCCGAACGAUCCACUCAAUUGGUCAUGGACACGAAAACAUUUGAUGUUGAUGGUAAUCUCUACCACGGCGUUCCUCGGCGACUAUGGUAGCGGUGCUGGUAUACCUUUGAUCGUCCUCCAAGGAAAGGAAUGGGGGCUAUCUCCUCCUAAGGUCAAUGAGUCGGGCAAUUUGAAUGUUCUGAUGCUUGGCAUCGGCGGCCUGAUAUGGAUCGUAAUAUCGUCUUGGUGGGGACGAGCACCUGUGAUGUUCUGGUCAACACUAUCGGGUACACUCUUCACACUUGCUUGUGCCGUCACGGAUAGCUUUCCUGUCUAUUAUGGAUUCCGGGCAAUGAUGGGUCUUACUCUCACGGCGUAUCAAGUUGUCGGACUGGCGUGUGUUAAAGACAUCUUCUUCUUCCAUGAACAUGCCCGAAAGCUCGGAAUAUGGGUCGCUAUCUUCAUCCUGUCGCCAUAUCUAGGACCUUUCUUCGCGAACUUUAUAAUCGCCGGCGUUGGCGACUGGCGCCCCGUAAUGUGGUUGGUGUUUGCAAUGGGAUGCGCCGACUUGGUGCUCAUCAUUCUGAUCUGCGACGAAACAUAUUAUGAGCGAGGCAUACCGAUCGAUCAGCAACCAGCUCGACCACAGACGUUUGCUGCGCGCAUGUCGCGUGUACUAGGAAUCUGGCAGAUCCAGAACCACAAGGGCUACUUUAAGACUGGAGGACAUUGCUGCAAGCGCUUGUUGUCAACAUUCUUAAAACCUAUCAUCAUCCCGGCCAUGCUGUACUAUGCCAUGUCCUUCAUGUGGGCAGUCGGAAUUAACAUUACCUCCACCAUCCUUCUCGAGACGCCGACUGAGGCGGGAGGCUACGGCUUUGGUCCCAAAGCAGUCGGAUAUCUCUAUUUUACUCCGCUCGUUGCCGUCGCCCUGGGUGAAGCCUUUGGCCACGUCUUCAACGACUGGAUCGCCAAUCGCUACGUCCGAAAGCACAACGGUAUCUUUAGACCUGAGGCGAGGCUGGUGACAAACUACAUCGCAGCAGCUUUCAUGAUCCCAGGACUCAUCAUCGUCGGCCAGACGCUUGAGAAGCAUCUAAGCUACGCCGGCAUCAUCAUGGGAUGGGGAAUGUAUGUGUUCGGAGUCAUGCUGGCGACUGUAGCGAUCACGGCCUACGCACUUGAUUCCUAUGGAAGUGCCAGUUCGGAAGUGUCCGGUCUUUUGAACUUUGCGCGAGUUAUUGCUGGUUUCGCCGUGGGAUAUUUCCAGAUGCCUUGGGGUGUCAAAAGCGGAUUCGGCCUGAGCUUUGGAAUUCAGGCAAUUAUAGUCGCGGUCGCCAUGGUUAUUAUCGUUGUGCUUCAAAAGUAUGGCGGCAAGCUGAGAACCAAAGGGGGGCCUGUUGUUUAGG